CCAACCUUGAAGCAAGCUUCUAUCUUCAUCGGUUUGCAGUGUAGCGUAUUCGCUUUGUUUAAUUGGAUGUUCGUGCACGACCUCCGUAUCCGUAUAUGAGUAUAGCUCAUAACCGGUAAAUAACUCGAGGGUCAAUCCUAUUUCAUUCAUUCGUUCCAGGCGCCGCGCCGCGCAGUAGCACCGGGUGACAACGUCCUUUGAACCAUGUUAUCAAAUACCACCACAGCGCACAGCCGCCUCUGCCUCUUACGACUGCGCACACACAACCACUCCCAGUUCCAAAUUCCGGUUACAUCAAAAAUGCACACAUCCCCUCUCCCAAUUAUCACUGCAGGGGGUGCCUGGAAAGCCAGCUGCUACUUCCAUAACACCCCUAGCGGCAACAAAAACGACAACAACAGCAACGACAACGACCUCGUCAUGCUUCACUAUGGCACAGAAGCGACGGCUGCAUCAGACGGCUGCUAAUUGCACGUUCCGUCCAGUGUGGACUGAGCGGCGCGUGAAGAUGCCGUGGAUUGAGGCGUUGAAGUUGGAGAGGGAGGGGGCGGGGAAGGGUGGAAGUGGGAGUGGGAGUGUGUCGCCCAAAGUGGAUUUGAAGCCGAGGAAGAUGGGGGAUAGUUUUUAUCGGACUGUGCUACCUCUCGCCCAGGACCCAUGGCUGUUAGAUACAUAUCUAAAUUCCUCAGGGCAUAUCCGCACCACCUCUAACGAACCUAACACCCGCCCAGCCUGGGCGCCCUGCUCAUGGACCUAGACGCUCUCGCCGGCGUCGUCGCAUACGGCCACACUGGCGACGCAGUCAUGACUGUCACCGCCGCCGUGGACCGCAUCACCAUCGAGCGCCCACUCAAAGAGAUUUGCGAUCUGGAGCUCAGUGGACAAGUCACAUACGCCACGGGCCGCUCAAGUAUGGAGAUUUCGCUGCGGGUUGCGAAGGCGCCGGCUGUGCCAAGCCAGGCGGUUAAGAAGGAGGAUGUGCUUAUUACGUGUGCGUUUACGAUGGUUUCGUUGGAUCCGGCGACGAAGAGGCCGGUAGCUGUUGCACCACUCCUUGUGGAGACGGAGGAAGAAAGGAGGCUUUUCGAGCUUGGGGAGAAAAAUUACAAAGCGAAAAAACAGCUGAGGACGAGGAGUUUACUUCAGCAAACACCGAACGAUGAGGAGAGUGAUCUUAUUCAUGCUAUGUGGACAAAGGAGAUGGCGUAUCUAAACCCGCAAAAUCCUCUCACCCGCCCUAAAAAUCUCAUGCACAUGAAAGAUUCAAUCCUCAAAUCAGCCCAGAUCAUGCAACCGCAGUACCGCAACAGGCACAACUUCAUGAUCUUCGGCGGCUACCUGCUGAAGCAAACAUUCGAACUCGCCUUCUGCUGUGCCGCCUCAUUUUCUAACUCAAGACCAACUUUCCUGUCCCUCGACCCCAGCACCUUCGACAAUCCCGUCCCCGUCGGCUCCGUCUUGUAUCUUAAAGCGACUGUUUCGUACACCGAGUCCCAAAUCACCGCCACGAACGCUGACGCGGGUCCCAAUGACAAUAACAGCAGCAGCCGGGGCAGCAAAUUCACAAAAGUCCAAGUUCGCAUUGACUCAAAGGUGCGCGAUGCCGAGCACACGACGAAGAAACCAACUGGCGUGUUCCAUUACACGUUCCUGGUCGAGAAGGACGUGCAGGUCAUGCCGCAGUCGUAUAACGACUUUAUGAUUUGGGUUGAUGCGAAGAGGCGGGCGCAGAAUACGAAUAAGAGUCUGCUGUCGGGGAUUAUGGAGAAAGACUCGUUUGAUGGAAUUCAGGAGGGGUUGAUAGCGUGAGCUAGGAUUGUUGAGAUACUUUAAUAUAUUUUGGCUUGUUCUUCUUCUCUAUCUGGAUAAGACUAUUUUUGUGUUGAUAUUUUUUGAUACAUGUUCUUUUGAUAUGUUCAUUUUAUACUCUCUCUCUCUCUCUUUUAUUUUAUUUAUUUUUUUGAAACCCUGUUUCCAUCUACAGAUAGUUUGCAAUCUCUAUAGAUACACUAAAUAUAUAUAUAUAGCUACAUAUAUUUGGGCCCUUCGACGGGAAGGAGAGAGACCAUUUAGUUUUAUUUAUUAUUAAAAAU